AGGAAGGCAUCAACCACGAGUGUAAGCUGUGCAACCAGAUGUUUGACUCCCCGGCCAAGCUCCUCUGUCACCUCAUCGAGCACAGCUUCGAGGGCAUGGGCGGCACCUUCAAAUGCCCGGUUUGCUUCACAGUCUUCGUCCAGGCCAACAAGUUGCAGCAGCACAUCUUCGCCGUGCAUGGGCAGGAGGACAAGAUCUAUGACUGCUCGCAGUGCCCACAGAAGUUCUUCUUCCAGACCGAGCUGCAG